UUUUGUUAUUGUUUAUUGAUUAAUUUAAAGUUGAUUUAUUAUUAUAUGAUUUACUUCUGUCCCCCUUUUUGAAUCUUGUCUGAAUAUUGACAAGCAAAAAACAAUCAUUAUCAUUACUGGAAAAGCCAUGAAAAAUAGCAACAUCUAUGUGCAGGUUACCUUCAAAAAUAUGCACAUAAGUAGUGCCAUGUUUGUGGAUGACUGCCAACUAAAUCUUCACAAACAGGGAUUGCAAAUGUUUCACACAUUUUGAAUAGAUGAAUAAAUGAACAGCCCAAUUUAGAUAAAUGCAUAAUUAUGUGCUGAAGUGUUUUGAAAUGGUUUUAUUAGUGUGAGUUUUCUGUGUGCAUUAGAGUAAUUUGAGAACUUUCUCUUGAAGAGGUUACACCGUGUGUGUGUGUGUGUGUGUGUGUGUGUGUGUGUGUGUGUGUGUGUGUACACUAUAUGAAGCUUUUCCUCACAACUUACUGAGUGAAAACAGGAAAACAUCAUUCAGGUGACAUCACCCUCUAUGCUGAGGUAUGUUUAUUUGGUUUACACUGUUCCUGUUUGUACACAUUGAGUCGUGAUGUCCCUGCGACCUUUCACAUAGAUCUCCACUUUAUUGCUGAUUCCAUGUAUUACGACAGUGAAAGGGUUAAUCGCGUGCUUUUAUCAUAUACGCAUUUAUUGUGACAAUAUUCUUAUCACCUGAUGCCUUUUAGCUGUUUGAGUUGGUGUGUCACUUUGACCUCUGACUCAUUUCAGCAUGGCUGCUGUUCCUCAUGGGUUGCUCAGUGGGGCUAUAUAUAAUGAUUUAAUGUCUGUUUUUGCUGACCUUGUUCUUUUUUCUUUCUUUCUUUUUUUCAAAAAAGGCUUUUGAUGGAGAUAUUGAAGCUGACAUCUGUUUGUUUUCAUUUGCACGGUCUCCUACACCCACUCCAGUCCUCCUGCCCUUCCUCGAUGGUGUAGCACUGAUAGCUAAUUAAUAUUCCCCUCUAUCUCUGAUGGAGUCAGCCAUUAGUACAUCCACUCAAGUGCCAGAUGAGUUUGACCGUAAUGUUCCACGGAUCUGUGGUGUGUGUGGAGACAAAGCCACUGGCUUUCAUUUUAAUGCGAUGACCUGCGAGGGCUGCAAAGGCUUCUUCAGGCGCAGUAUGAAGCGGAAGGCCAGUUUUACCUGUCCCUUUAAUGGAAGCUGCACCAUCACUAAAGAUAACCGUCGCCACUGCCAGGCCUGCAGACUCAAGCGUUGCCUGGAUAUUGGCAUGAUGAAAGAGUUUAUAUUGACGGAUGAGGAAGUUCAGAGGAAAAAGGAGCUGAUCCAGAGGAGAAAGGUUGAGGAGGCGCAGAGGGAGGUGCAGAAGCCCCAGCUUUCAGAAGAGCAGCGCAGCAUCAUUGAUACGCUGGUGGAUGCGCAUCACAAAACCUAUGACGAUUCCUACUCUGACUUCUCACGCUUCAGACCUCCAGUUAGAGAGGGUCCAGUUACACGUAGUGCCAGCCGAGCCGCGUCUCUUCAUUCACUAUCAGAUGCCUCGUCAAACUCCUUCAGCCACUCUCCAGAGUCAGGAGAUCGUAAGAUGAAUCUGAGUAAUAUGUUGAUGAUGUAUCAGGAGCAGGGUUUAAACUCCAGUCCAGACUCAAAGGAGGAUGAGGGCACUGGUCUUUCCAUGCUUCCUCACCUGGCUGACCUGGUUUCCUACAGCAUUCAGAAGGUCAUCGGAUUUGCCAAGACGAUUCCUGGAUUCAGAGAGCUGACAGCUGAAGAUCAGAUUGCUUUGCUCAAGUCCAGUGCUAUAGAAGUGAUCAUGCUCAGGUCCAACCAGUCUUUCAGUCUGGAGGACAUGAGCUGGAGCUGUGGAGGACCCGAGUUUAAAUACUGCGUGAAUGAUGUCACGAAAGCUGGACACACUCUGGAGCUGUUGGAGCCUCUGGUGAAGUUUCAGGUGGGCUUGAAAAAGCUCAACCUACAUGAGGAGGAACAUGUGCUGCUGAUGGCCAUUUGCCUGCUGUCUCCAGACCGGCCUGGGGUGCAGGACCACGAGCGAGUGGAAGCGUUGCAGGACAGGUUAUCUGAGGUUCUGCAGGCAUAUAUCCGUGCGCAUCACCCGGGGGGGUGUCUGCUCUACGCUAAGAUGAUCCAGAAGCUGGCGGACCUCCGCAGCCUGAACGAAGAGCACUCCAAACAGUAUCGCUCCCUUUCUUUCCAGCCCGAACACAGCAUGCAGCUGACCCCUCUGGUGCUGGAGGUGUUCGGUGGACAGGUCACUUAGCAAGUUCACCCAAGUCGGAGCAAGACAUGCGGGUCAAACGGCGUGACCCGGAGGAUUGUGGAGUGGAGUGAAUGUACGGUCAAUCACCUUAAAAUGCAUACAGAGUUUCCAGGAUGA